CUAAACUACACUAUAGGGUUGAGUAACCCACAAAGCAAAUACCUGUGGAGAAAACAAGGGGAAAGGGAGCCGACCGCCGGAUCAGCCAGCAGCCACGUGCGUGAGUGAAUAUGGCCGUCGCAUGCAGAGCAUGCCGUGGCCCCAAAGCUCCUCCCCCGCCAAUGGCAGGGGAGCUCGUGGAAACACACACGCGGCCGGAGGUAGAGCGGGUCAGAGCCGCACGCGGCCGCACACGCAGUCGCGAGGGGAGGAGGGAGGGCGGUCAGGGAGCACAGCAGCUCCCGAGAAAAAGCUUCCCCAGUGAUCCGCGGUCCCUGCCUGUGCUCACAAAAGGUACAGCACAGGCAGGGAGUCUGCGCAAAGUAGGGGAAGAACAGAGACACCCAAAAGGGGGUGCCAAAAAAAACAUCAAAACAAUAUACAUAAAUCAUAUAGGGUGCACUAAGCAGCAUCCAAGUACAUAAUACAGGAAAAAAUAAUCAGUAAAUAAACACAUAGAAAACAAUCCAAGAUCAAAAUAUACAGGAGUGAAAUUAAUACUUAGCUGGUCUGAG